ACGGGCCCGGUGGCAGUCUACUUUGGAAAAAAACAGCUACUGAAAGCCCUGCAGAGCACGGCUCUGCUCUGACAUGGAUGGGGUCACCAGGACUCAGAAUCAGCCUGACAACACCUGGUUGGAACUGGACAGCUUUAAAAGCCACAGCCUGGCCCCACCCAAGAGAUGUGGGCUGCAGUCCAGGACUCAGGAUUUUUAAAAAUCCCUGCAAGUCAUUCUAAUGCGGAGGCAUUCUGGGGCACAAGUGGGGGCUCAGCUGUCGCAAAAAUAAUAGGCAAUAACGUCAAGAAACUCCAGAAGUUUGCCUCCACUGUCAAGAUGUGGGUCUUUGAAGAAACGGUUGAUGGGAGGAAACUGACGGACAUCAUCAAUAAUGACCAUGAGAACGUUAAAUAUCUCCCCGGACACAAGCUGCCCGAGAAUGUGGUUGCCGUCCCAAAUCUCAAGGAGGCCGUGCAGGAUGCAGACCUGCUGGUGUUUGUCAUCCCUCACCAGUUCAUUCACAGGAUCUGCGAUGAGAUCACCGGCAGGGUGCCUAAGAAGGCGCUGGGAAUCACCCUCAUCAAGGGGAUAGACGAAGGCCCCGAGGGCCUGAAGCUCAUUUCCGACAUCAUCCGCGAGAAGAUGGGCAUUGACAUCAGUGUGCUCAUGGGCGCCAACAUCGCCAACGAGGUGGCUGCGGAGAAGUUCUGUGAGACCACCAUUGGCAGCAAAGUCAUGGAGAAUGGUCUUCUCUUCAAAGAACUUCUGCAGACUCCAAAUUUUCGGAUUACGGUGGUUGAUGAUGCAGACACCGUUGAACUAUGUGGAGCGCUUAAGGUAAGGCCCGCCCUGUUAUUUCUCCCACAGGGGAGGAGCUGUGGGGCCGGCAAAUGCUAAGGAGCCUGCUGUGGGGACAACACCAAAGCUGCGGUCAUCCGCCUGGGCCUCAUGGAGAUGAUCGCCUUCGCCAGGAUCUUCUGCAAGGGCCAGGUGUCCACCGCCACCUUCCUGGAGAGCUGCGGCGUGGCCGACCUCAUCACCACCUGCUACGGAGGCCGCAACCGCAGGGUGGCCGAGGCCUUCGCCAGGACCGGAAAGACCAUUGAAGAGCUGGAGAAAGAGAUGCUGAAUGGGCAGAAGCUCCAGGGACCACAGACGUCCGCUGAAGUGUACCGCAUCCUCAAGCAGAAGGGAAUGGUGGACAAGUUUCCAUUGUUUACGGCAGUGUAUCAGAUCUGCUAUGAAGGCAAGCCCGUGAAAGACAUGCUGUCCUGUCUCCAGUGCCACCCAGAACACCUGUAGAGAGAAGCAGGCCUGUGUCGGGCACAUUCUGCCUCGCCCAUCAAGUCUUUUCCAUGCAGGUGCAAACAGGACUCUGGCAAAAAGAAGGUAUCCCCAGGGCUAAUCCCCUCAGGAUGUGGAUGAGUUUCUCUGGGUUCACUUUGAACGGUGAGAGGCAGGUAGGUCCUCGACUCAGGCACCGAACAGCAUCUAAACACGUGCGAACACUCACCUGCCCGGCCUCCACCAGGCCGCAUUCUGUGGGGGGUUCUAUGAAUCAAACGACAAAGAUCCUUUUGAAUGUUUUGCUUCAGAAACGUUGGCGUUGCGGUAGCUCAUGAGCGUCCCAAUCCCGGCUGCACUUUUCUAGGUCGGUUUCAUAUGCGUUUAUCUGAGGUGGGGGGUGGGGGAGCAUCUUGUGCUCAUUUUCUGGCCGUUAAACGUAACCAGCAGUAACACGAGGGGGUGGAGGGGGGAGGGUUGUAUACAAAGAUCACCAGGCUAAUAACUUCUCAACGCAGUCUCAAAGCCAGCAUUGCUUACUCUGUCGAUUGUGGGUUGGUCUCUUUUUCAAAAACAAAACCAGAUCUUUUUAAAGUCAGUGCUCCCACUCUGGACUCCGCCCGGGCAGCUGUCUGCACCUGUAGCUGCUUCCCGCCGCUCACGGCGAGCACGCACUUCCAGACUCGGCAGCAGCAGAAGACAGGGCCUUGCUCCCUGACGUGUGAUUGCCAUGUGAUUAGGAUUAUGCUGGUGAUACCUGCAGGUGUUUCGGUUAAGCCUCGCAGGUCCCCAGAGAGGGGCUGCUGCCCUUCUUAUGAGGUAGAGCCCUGGCCACCAGGUCUGGUCCAGGGCCCUUCAACCCCACCGAGGCACCAGGACCCGGUGUCACAGGACUGACGGCACCUCCAGUUUAGUCCCUGAGACAGACCUGUUCGCAGCUCCAGGAGGGCUUCCUGCAGCUACGCUCUCAGCAUGGCCCCCGCUCAGCCCCAGUCGCCUCCCGUGGCAUCUAUUAAAAAGUGCCUGUUCCCAGGCCACCCCCCAGACCUGAAGUGGGGUAUGGGUUUUCUGCCUUACAAAGGCUCCCAGGGGUAUCUGACACACACUAAAACGUGAGAACCACUACUGACCCUAGAUUAGCAUUUCCAUAGUAAAUGGGUGCUGUGCGAUCCAGUGGGUGCUCCCUGAGAGGCCAAGGGAAUUUGGGAAGAGCCGCAUCUGUGUCCCCUCCCCUACCCCCGCCCCGAGAAGGGGUCCAAUGCACCUUGAAAACAUUAAUCAGUGGCAUCUGUUUAAUCCCAAAUCCCAUCACACCCAGCAAGUUCCAAACACACUGGCCGGUGGAUUUUUCAGCAAGGAGAGUGGGUUCCAGGAUCAGCAACUUGGGAACACCCCUCUGGGCUGAGGGUGACCUCGGGGACAGCAGACAGGUGCCUGCUCUCCCCAAGAGACAGUACGAUGGAUCCCCGUGGGGCUUUUCGUUCAGAACGUUAACAGCUCAGGUCGGUUGUGAGUCCGAGGUGAGCUGUGAGGUGACCUGUCAGGUCCCACCCCAUGGAAGUCAACCUCGCCGAAGCUCACACGCACUUGCCGUUCUGGAGUUAGCACAGGAGGGACUGCACCUUCCGGAGUGAGAUUGGCUGCAGGUGGCAGGACACACGUGCCAUACGAGAGCACUUGAUACGUGAUAAGGGGACGUUCAAAUGUCACUCAUGCGUUUAUGGGUUUCCAGUCACUUUGUGAGAUUUUGACCUUUUUGUAAUUUUCCUGGGGUGAAUUUUCCCUUUCUGUACUUGAAAUGAUUGUAGAAUACAUUUGGGGCGGGGCAAGAGGGACGUUUAAAAACGAAAAAACCAAAACAUUUGGGGGACAUUUUAGCCCCAUACCUAGAAUUAUCGCAAAGCACACACGAUGCUACGGGUCUCAGCCAUUCUCGUGCCACUGUUAAUCAACUUUUGCUUGUUGAGGGUGCAUCGUUUUUAAGGUUUGUACACAGGUAGCAAAGUGUUACUUUUUAAGGUACAGGCAGUCCCCGGAUUACCAACGAGUUCCGUUCCUAAAUCUAUCAUUAAGCCGAGUUUCUAUGUAAGUAGUAACAUGUAGCUACGGUUCACAUUCAACAUCAUUUAGUCAAAUCGUUGUCUUUGUAUAUAGGAUACCUUUCUAUGCAUAAAAAUUAAUAAAAGAAAUUCUUCCAGUUAUACCAAAAUGUCUAUCAUGUAAUAAUACUGUAAUAAUAAUGUUCCAACGCUUGUUGCAAAGUAAUGCUCAUUUGUUAUUAAGAGACAUUGUAUGUACUUCCAUUUUUAAUAUAAUCGACUUAAUGGGGUUUGGUUUGCAACGAUGGGUUGUAUGGAAGUUGAAUGUUCAUAACCCAGGGACUGCCUGUACAUAAAGGGCUGUAAGCUAAUUGUGGUGUCUAUUAAGUAGAGUAAUUAGAUAGGAGCAAUUAGGAUUUUAUGUGUCUUGUUGGACGUCUGCAUUUAUCUGAAUCUGGGUUUUAUACAUGAGUGUUGUUGUUUUUUUCUUUACCAAUGCUGUCUUACCACUGAUGUCUGUCGAAGGUACCUCUUGGACAUCCUGCUAAAUUACGCACAUUAGGGAAAAAGGCCAAUUUUUAAAGUCUGUGAAGGCCAAUUUUUAAAGUCUGUGCUCUGCUAAUUUUAGAUAUUUGUUAUUCUGAGUUAUCUAUUUUUAUAACCACCUGUAGUUUGUCAUUUAUUUUAGUUCACAGUUUUACAAGUUAUGGCACUAGAGAGGAAAACAUUAGCGAGCAGACCUCAUGUGUACAAUCAGUGAAUGUAAACCAACAUGGUUGCCUUGCUGUGAUCCAGUGACCUCUCCAGUGAAAUGAAGACCCGUCUCGACCCCCCUCCUCAGAGGGGCUCAGAAUCCACCCUCCUGAUGUGCCCUGACUGGCGACCAGAGCGUGGCCCUGCGCCAUUGGCCCAGGAAGGCUGCCAUGGGAGGUGCCGGCGGACAAAGGAAACUUCAUCCUCUCCACUCGUCCUGAGCUCUCACCCUUCUACUUACGUGCGCGCUGCCUUUGUUUACAGACUGUGGGUGGAGAGAUAAUUGAAAAGCUUGAUUUAAUAAACAUCUAACACCCCCCGC